CCAGCUCACAAAGUACUCAACCGCUUACUCACAUUUGCACAAAAGUAACUUUCUACAGAUAACAACAAACAUACCACAUCUCAAAAUGUCUUACAACACAUCCAACACCCCAGAACUCCAACCGGAGAACAUCUCCUCAGUAUCCGCCUACAUCUCAGCCCACAAGCCAACCACCGGCCCCUACUUCCACCCCUCCUGCCUGCUCUGCCUAUUCAACAUAGCGCACGACAAGCCACAUGCCAGACCGUUGUCCCUCGUGGAACUCCACCAAGCAGUAACCAAACAGCGCACCCGACUCCUCGAGUUAGAUCAAGAACGCAAAACAGCCAACGACGCAUUCCAAGACCUCGUAGCCCGCACUCUCAAUCACCAUGCUACCAUCAAACAACCCCUACAAGCCGAGCUUAAGCGCAUAGACAAGAAGUCCGCUAAGGACAUCUUAGAGCUCCUUAAAGCGGAGGGACGACUGAGACGUGGUAAGAUUGGCGAUUCUGUAUUCCGAGCUGAGGUCGCGCGUAUGGAUGAAGGUAAGCAGCGUCGAGAGGAAGCUAAGCUUUACAUUAGAAAUCAUAUCGAUGCGCUGGAAGCUAGGUUUGAGGAUUGACUUGAGGUGGAGAGGGAUGGAGCGGAGAAGAGGAAUACU